AUGGCCACAUAUAGUAACUCGCCUAUACUGAUUGCCCUGGCCUGGGGUCUCGGAUCAUUGGUUAUUGUUUUUUGUGCUGCAAGGCUUUGGAUCAGAAAGGUGAUAAUCGACCGAGCCAGCUGGGAUGAUAUCUUCAUGACUUUAGCUGCCAUAUUCGCGAUUAUCUGCUCGGCAUUCGUUACGACUGCUGUUCAUUACGGACUCGGUAGGCACAUCGAAAAUAUCACCGACCCUUACAGCAGACAGAUGGCAAUAAAAUAUACCAUUCUAGCACCUUCGUUUUCUCUUGUAUCGGCGACGCUUAGCAAGAUCUCUAUCCUGAUAUUUCUAACUCGACUAAUUGGAGUUGCUGCUACGCGACUACAUCUAGCCUGCCUCUGGACGUUAGGUGGCAUCUUAGUUAUUGCAAACUUUAUCGCAAUAGUCGUCCUCCUUCGUUUCUGCAUCCCCAUCGAGAAGCAAUGGAACCCUGGAGUUAAAGGGAGCUGUAUAAGCCCCGUACUCCACUCUUAUAGCGGCAUCAUCCCAUCGGCAUACACGGCAUUCAUGGAUAUUGUCCUAGCCGUUUUCCCGUCGAUUAUAAUAACUCAACUCAACAUCAGCCGCAAGAUGAAGAUAAGCCUCUGCUGCUUGAUGGGGGGUAGCAUAUUUGCUACCGGAGCUACUAUUGCUAAGAUCUAUUUUAUGCGUACCAAGAAUCUAGGGAACCAUAACGACAUAACGUGGACUUGGAGCAGCAUCGCGAUAUGGUAUCUGUGCGAGAUGCACGUCAUAAUUAUCGCCGGUAACAUACCUACUCUGUGGCCGGUUCUAAAGGGAUUUAUAAAAAAGAAAGGUGGAAACUCGGGGAGCUCUGGAUCGUACCUCAAUGCUUCGGGAAAUACUGAGAGGUCGGAGGCGGUUAGGCUAUCCGACAUGAAUGGCACUAAGAAGGCCGGUCCGGCGACCAGGGUUCUUCGAGACAUCGACGACAUGCUCACGGUAAGGGCGUUGGAUGAUAAUGGAGAGGCCUAG